GGCGGCCUGACGUGGUGUGGCACACUUUGUGCCUCAAUCGGACUGGCCGCUCGCUGGACUUAUUGGUUGGCCACUGCCACCAUCAUAUUGGGAACCCUGCAACUGACCUAUUGGUCCUUCGUCUGGGUGAUUAGACCCAUCUUGAUAGUGGCCUACGCAUUGACCCGGUACGUACUAGGACAUGGAUCCUGGGAAGCUGUACUUCGUGGUAGCGGGGAGCUCCCGUACGAGGUCAAGUGGGUGGGGCCGCGAGGCCAGCAACCGUGGGCCGUGAACUAUGUGCAAGAUCAAGUUCGAGGCCGAGGAGAACAACAGCUGCCUUACGACCUACUGGUCACAGAUGGUGUGGCCGUAGCGCGCGUUUCGCGACCGGGUCGAGAGGAGGAACAGACCCCGAGGCACGACCUCUCGGAGACCGAAUCCGAAGAAGAUGAGAAUCCUUGCCAAGCGGAUGCUAUCGGCUGGAAGGAAGGACGUGACCCCCCGGCGCAAUACUACUCCUGGCCAACUCGAGGUCUCACCUGGGAAGAAAUUGCCGGUAUACCUGAUGAAGACCUGAGACGGAAAGCGGUCUCUCUGAAAAAGGCGGCGACGACCCCUGAAAGCAACCAGCUCCCAUCUGGGGCACCCGAGCCUCCUGCAGAGCCCGCGUUGUAUACUUAUCUAGAUUCCCGUAUGAGAGGUAGCUCGCAUGCCACGGCACUCAGCCAAGCUGCAACGGGACGAUGGAGCUACGCGGAAGGGGCACAAAGACUGAAGGAGGCGGCCCGGAAACAUUGGUCUCAACUGCCAAACGACUCGCCUCCCUCCAUACGCCAGUACGUUUGGGAGUUGGCGCAGUCUGGAGCGGAAAGACCAGCCAGCGGGGAAGGCGCCGGAUGGGGGUGUGACACCCUCCGGGUCACGCUGUGUCCCGGGGUGGUCGGGAAGGAAUUGUACCACGCGUUACGCAUCGCGGGAACGCAAGCUCGACCACAGUUGCGACGCAUCGAGUUUCCAUGCAAUAUCCAGAACCGGCAUAGUUACGGCUUUGCCGCCCUGCAGCUGGGUGGAAAGACCUUGGCGACGAUCCCCGACUACUGCCUGUCGGCUGGCGACUUUCCUUUAACCUCAGAGGAGGAUUUCGACAAUUUCGGGGGCACUCCCGACCUGAAGCUCGAAAAGAAAGGGAGAUACCCCAACACCCUCACCUCCUGGUUUCGCGCUGCCCUGCGAGAGGCCUGGGCUUUCUCUUGCAUCUUUGGUGAAGAGUAUUAUGCGCCUCUGGAAAAGGCAGCGUCACACUUGUUGCGCCUGGGCGAGCAGCAUAGCUACGCAUGGACUGCGACAGCAGUGUACAGCGCUUGGGAGGAGCUUUGGGCAAGUUUCUGUGAAGAAGCGAGGCAGUUAGACAGGCGGGUGCGGCGGGAAAUGAAGGACGAGACCCCUACG